UUUUUUUUUUUCCCAAGAGGAAAAUCUAAACUAUUAAAACUGGUGUACAAAUAAAUUUUAACUCUAAGUUUUCCUCCAUAAUUACUAUCCAAUGCCAUUGAACUUAUAAAUAACAAUUUCCAUAAAAAUUAUUACGAAAUUGCCUAAUAUUUAGCUACCUAAUAAAUUUAGAAGAUAUGCAACCCUUCAUUUAAUUUAAAUCAAAAUCAAAAAUUUAAUUUUGCAAUCCAUAAAAACUAUAAAAUAGAUUAAAUUAUCAGAUUAAUUUAUUAGUUUAUUGAAAAUUAAAUUAAUCAAAAUCGUUUAAAUUUUUAGAAUAAUAAAAAUAACUCAGUUAUAUUUAAUUAAUUAGUCUUUUCUAAUUUAAUUAGUACAAUAAUGUAUGUAUUUAAUUUUAAACAUUUACAAAAGCAAAUACCCGUGCGGACGAGAUUUAGUUUAGGUCUAAAGGGUAACGUUAUUAGAAAUUAAUCAGACACGGAAGACUGAGGUCCGACACAAUAAAAUGUUACCUUCUAUAGUUGGAAAAAUAAAUUUAGAAUAAAAUGUUAGUCUAAACUUUUUUAUUUUAAACAAGAAACAAUACAAGACUUGUAACAGUGCUCCAUCAUGUAAUGAUUUAUAGUUGAUUAGGGACCCGUUGGUUUGUGCAUCUGGAAGAUGCAUCCAGAUGCUCCAUCUGGGUGUUGUUCGUUUCUUCAUUUCGUCCAUACAUCCAGAUAAAUUACUUGAAUGCAACUAUGUUCGUUUGCUUUUUCAUUUUUUAACUUCCAUCUACAUCUAGGUGGACUUGUUAAUAAAAUGAUUAAAAUAUAAUUUUUUACGUUUCGGCGGAAAAACAGCAUUUUUACGGUUUUGGCAGAAAAUAUUUUUGCGGUUUUUGAGAAAAAAUGUGUUUUUGGCGAAAAAGUGCAUUUUGUUGUUUUGGUGGAAAAAUUACGUUUUUAUGGGUUUGACGGAAAAAUAUGUUUUGCGGUUUGGACGAGAAAAAUGUGUUUUGCGGUUUUGGCGGGAAAAGUUUUUUUUCACGAUUUUAGCGGGAAAAGUUUUUUUCGCGAUUUUGGCGGGAAAGGUUUUUUUGCGAUUUUGGCGGAAAAAACAUUUUUGCGGUUUCGACGAUAAAAUACAUUUUUCCGGUCCUGGGUGGGAAAAUACAUUUUUCCAAUUUUGGCGGGAAAAUGCGUUUUUUCCAAUUUUGGCGAGAAAAUGUGUUUUCUAGUUUUGGCGGAAAAAUACGUUUUUCCGGUUUUGGCGAAAAAAUUAUGUUUUCCGGUUUUGGCGGGAAAAUUCCGUUUUCCAAUUUUGGCGGGAAAAUUGUGUUUUCCAGUUUUGGCGGGAAAAUGCAUUUUUCGGUUUUGGCGGAAAAAUUGCGUUUUUCCGGUUUUGGCGAGGAAAUUGUGUUUUCCGGUUUUGGCGAGAAAAUGCUUUUUGCGGUUUUGGCUGGAAAAUGUUUUUUUGAGUUUGGCGGGAAAAUGCGUUUUUUGGGUUUUGGCGGGAAAAUACGUUUUUUUUUUGUUUUGACAGGAAAAUGCGAUUUUUCGGUUUUGGUCAAAAGUGCGGUUUUACUGGUUUGAACGAAAAAAUGUGUUUUUUAUGGAAAUUGAACUAGAUGCAUCUUGCGGUUUUGGCGGAAAAUUGUGUUUUCCAGUUUUUGCGAGAAAAUGCAUUUUUUGGUUAUAGCAGGAAAAUGUAUAUGCAAAAAAAUAGAAUUUAGGGUUUGAAAAUAAUAUUUUGAUUUUAAAAUGUCAUUUUUGUCAUUUAUCAUUUUGGAUUGAAAUAGAUGCAUCUGCAUCCAGAUGCACCAUCAAAACUCACCUUCAUUUGGUGGAUGAGUUUUUAAGAUGAAGGUAGCAUUAUAAUGCACAAAACGAAGAUAGAUUUGCAUCUUCAGCUAGAUGGAUCUUGAACAGGCCUAGUAAGUCAUUUAUUAUUGUUAUGAAAGUAUGCAUUCCUGGACAUGGAAACACAAAGCAGAAACUUUGCUCUUUCGAGUCUUCUCCAAAACGAAAACGUUUGCAACCAUUGCUCUACAUUGAAUGAAUGGUAGGUGGAUCACAAAAUUUCUGCCAUUAUAAUUGGAUACAUUUUGAUUAUUUUAUUACUACUAGUAGUAUUAUUUACUAAACUAACCAAGCAAACAAACAAAAGAAGCGUCAAAUUGUAAAGAACACAGCGCAUUACAUUAACAAACGAAAUUAUUUGAUUUGGUUAUAAACUCUCUCUCUAGCUCUCUAAUUUUCUGGGGGAAGUUUUCUCGGGAAUCAUACAGGGAAGAAGAGUAUCUGAAGCUAUUCGUUCAUCCUGCUGCAGGAGCUACUAGCUCCGAUUGAUCGAUCCCAGAGUAUGAGGCUUCCUUCCCCUAGUCCCGUUGAGCCGAGGCACCGACUAUCAAGUCAAACCGAUGAGACGAGCAAGAGGAGAUCGCUGAGAAAUCGAGAUGCUAAAGAUCUCGACAAGGGAGGAUUACACGGCUCCUUUCAGUAUAGAAACUGGACUGGCAAAUUCUCUACGCUGAAAGUUGUGUUGAUUCUCAUUGUCCUCGGAACCGUGUAUACUCUCUACCGUUCACCAGCAGUACACAUCGCUGAUCAUCCCUCCAAUAAUAACUCUAGAUGGAUGAUGGAGUCAAGUGCUCUUGAUCCUCGCUAUGUAUCUUCAGCUGAGAUAAACUGGGACCAUAUGUCAGACGUUGUGGAGAAGCUGACUGGGAAGAGCGGGUAUCAAGGGGUUGGCUUUAUAAAUCUUAACGAUGAUGAGAUUGCUCAGUGGAAGGAUCUGAUACCUGACUGUGACCAUGUUGCACUUCACCUGGGACAUAUGAAAAGUAACAUAACUUGGGAAUCUUUAUACCCUGAAUGGAUCGAUGAAGAGGAGCAGUUCGAAGUCCCCACUUGCCCUUCCCUUCCUUGGAUUCAAGUUCCUGGCAAGCCUCGGCUUGAUCUUGUUGUCGUCAAGCUUCCGUGCAACAAAGCAGGAAAGUGGUCGAGGGAUGUUGUUAGACUGCACUUGCAACUUGCAGCAGCUCGGGUGGCUGCAUCCUCUAAAGGCCUUCACGAUGUGCAUGUGCUUUUUAUUACUGAUUGCUUUCCCAUUCCUAAUCUUUUUAUUGGAAAGGAGCUUGUUUCCCGUCAAGGGAACCUAUGGCUCUUCAAGCCCAACCUUCACCAGCUGAGGCAAAAGGUGCAGCUGCCUAUUGGUUCCUGUGAACUUACAGUUCCUCUUAAAGCUAAAGAUACUUUCUACUCAGCAAGUGCAAAGAGAGAAGCAUAUGCCACUAUAUUGCACUCUGCUAAUUUUUAUGUGUGUGGAGCCAUAACAGCAGCACAGAGCAUUCGCAUGGCUGGCUCUACGCGAGACCUGGUGAUACUUGUUGAUGACUCGAUAACUGAGCACCAUAGAAGUGGCCUGGCUGCGGCUGGAUGGAAGAUUUAUUCUAUUCAAAGGAUACGGAAUCCGAAAGCUGAAGCAGAAGCAUAUAACGAAUGGAACUACAGCAAGUUUCGUCUUUGGCAAUUGACUGAGUACGACAAGAUCAUCUUCAUUGAUGCUGAUAUGCUUAUCCUCAGGAACAUUGACUUCCUCUUUGAGAUGCCUGAGAUAUCUGCCACCGGAAACAACGCCACCCUCUUCAACUCCGGUGUGAUGGUGGUUGAGCCAUCAAACUCCACAUUCCAGCUGCUUAUGGAUCACAUCAAUGAGAUCGUGUCGUACAAUGGAGGAGACCAAGGAUACCUUAACGAAGUCUACACGUGGUGGCAUCGGAUCCCGAAACACAUGAACUUUCUGAAGCAUUUCUGGGAAGGUGAUGAGCCUGAGAUAAAGCAGAUGAAGACGCGUCUCUUUGGAACCGACCCUCCUAUUCUCUACGUCCUCCAUUACCUUGGUAACAAACCUUGGUUAUGCUUCAGAGACUAUGACUGCAACUGGAAUGUCGACAUUCUGCAGGAGUUUGCAAGCGAUGUAGCUCACAAAACCUGGUGGAGAGUGCACGACGCCAUGCCUGAGAACUUGCAGAAAUUCUGUCUGCUGAGAUCGAAACAGAAGGCGCAACUGGAAUGGGACAGGAUGCAAGCUGAGAAAGGAAACUACACAGAUGGACAUUGGAAGAUUAAGAUCAAAGACAAGCGACUAGAGACUUGUUAUGAAGACUUCUGCUACUGGGAGAGUAUGCUUUGGCACUGGGGUGACAAGAACUGGACUGACAAUUCUACUAACUCUUUAUCACCGCCACCAGCACUUAAAACUCCUCUUUCUUCACUGUAAGCUUUGUUAUUUCUUUACCGUAUAGUAUUACUUUUCUGGGUAUACAACAGGCUUAGUUCCUUUAUAGAUGUCGAAUUCCAUACCUUUGAUGAACCCAGUGAAUGAAUCUGAUGUUGUGCACUGAAGUUCAUGCUUUAAAACAUCAGGAGAAUCCAUUACAAUGUCAAUGAGGAACCUUUUUCAUAAAA